AAUCAGCACUGUAUAUAACAGCACUGACACUCGUCCCCUCUGUAUAUAAGUGAAAAGCGAAAGCAGACGGAGGAACGUUGAAUGUCUACAGAAAGAUGAUUUUCUCUUCCUUUCUCACGUUAGUGUGGAUUUGUUCAGGAUCUGCCUCGACUCUUCCUCACCAGAUCGAGUGCACAGUGGUGAAUCUGGAGUAUGUGAACUGCACAUGGGAUGGAAACAGAACCCUGGUGGAGAACUACACCUUUCUAAGCAGUUAUAAAAAUCCAGAUGUUCCUGAAGAAUGUUCCUCUUAUCAGUACGUCAGGGAGCUUCGGGUCGGCUGUGUGGUCGUGUACAGUGAGAAGGACCUGCAGAGAUUCGAGGACUUUUACACGUGGUUAUACAGAGACACCAUCAUCAUGGCAAAACAAGAAUACAAGCCACUGUUAAAAAGGGUAAAGAUGAAGGCACCGAAUAACAUGUCGGUGUUGUUGAAGGAUCCAGAGCUGUGGGUCUAUUGGAACAUUACAGAUAAGAUUAAAUCACAUUGUCAGGAGCGUGAAGUUCGCUUCAGGACCAACAGCAACAAGUGGAAUAUUUACGGCAGCAGCAUGGAAAAUGCCUUCAACGUGCCGUUUCCCAACUCUCAAAGUCUGUACGAGUUCCAGGUGAGAGUGCGAAUGUCCUCCACCUGUGGACAGUCUGAACUGUGGAGCGAAUGGAGUGAGCCAGUCUUCUGGGGCACCAAGAUGAUUAAUGACACAGAUACGGGACAGCAGACGUCUGUAGCUCUGAUGGUACUUGGCACAGUCGGAGCCGCUGUCGUCCUCAUCAUGCUCACGUGUCUGCUCAUCCACAGCGAAAGAAUCAGAGUCAUCCUGGUUCCUGUUGUACCAGGACCCAAAAAUCUCAAGGAUCUUAUUGACAGCUACAAUGGAAAUGUAGAGAAGUGGCUGCACAUCUCCAAAGAGCUGCAGGACGGAUUUAAGCCCAACUUCAGCGAGCGUCCCUGCACAGUGCAGGAGUUCAGGACGGAGGCACACAGCGAGUCAGAGAGUGACGACGGUUUCUCUGUGCACACGGCCGCCUCGUCUGACUAUCAGUCCAUGCAGAGCUACUCGUCCAUCUCCACACUUCCGUCUCACAGCGACAGCCCAAGCACUGAAACCACACCUCUCAAUGGGCCGUAAACAACAACAACAACAACAACAACAACAACAACAACAACACACUCGCAGUUUAGACACAAAGGUUCAUAGACAAUCACAAUCAGGGCUAGAAACAUUCCCAAAGGGAAAUUUAUUAUAUUAAAGAAAACUGGAAAAUCAACACACACCUGAGAAAAUAAAGUGUCACUGCUUCACAGGGCUGAAGAUUAUGUGUAUAAACAUACACACACACACACACACACACCCACACACACACACACACACACACACACACACACACACACACACACACACACACACACACACACACACAGAG